GCUCCCUUUGUGGCAGCCGCCAUGGCGGCCGAGCGGGCUCCGCCGGCCCGGGCCCAACCUCCGCCCCCCGGCCCCGCUCCCGGCCCCGCUCCGGGCCCCGCUCCGGGCCCCGAGCCCGCGGCACGAACCGGCCUCAGCCUGCCGGGCAUCCUGCACUUCAUCCAGCACGAGUGGGCGCGGUUCGAGGCGGAGAAAGGGCGCUGGGAAGCGGAGAGGGCCGAGCUGCAGGCGCAGGUGGCGUUCCUGCAGGGCGAGCGCCAGGGCCAGGAGAGCCUCAAGCUGGACCUGGUGCGGCGGAUCCGGAUGCUGGAGUUCGCCCUCAAGCAGGAGAGAAAAAUCCCGAAAAAUGGGGUCCCGGCCGAGGCGCUGGCCCUGGACGGCCUCGGGGACCUGGCGGAGCUGACGGUGACAAAUGACAACGACGGCGGUGACGUGACGAGCGGCCGGCCGCUGUCCCCGAAGCGCAGCUGGAGCCCGCGCCUGACGCUGCGCAGCCACUACGACGCCGUGCGGGCGCUGGCCUUUGUCCCUUGUCACCCGGCGCUGGUGACGGCCUCCGAGGACGCCACCCUCAAGCUCUGGAACCUGCAGAAGCCGCUUGUCCCCAAGAAGAGCGCGGCGCUGGACGUGGAGCCGGUGUACGCCUUCCGCGGGCACAGGGGCCCGGUGCUGGCGGUGGCGGUGGCGGCGGGUGACGCGGGUGACAGCGGUGACAUCGGUGACACCGGGCUGUGCUGCAGCGCCGGCGCGGACGCUCGGAUCCGCUGCUGGCGCCUGCCGGGGCUGGACAGCGACCCCUACGAUGGCUACGACCCGCGGGUGCUGCGGGGGGUCCUCGAUGGCCACUCGGACGCCGUCUGGGGCCUGGCCUUCGAUGUCACCGGGCGUCACCUGGCCUCGUGCUCGGCCGAUGGCACCGUGCGCCUCUGGGACCCCCGCGGGGACAGCGGCGGCGGUGGCACCUCGGGCGGUGGCACCUCGGGCGGUGGCACCUGCCUGAGCGUCCUGGACGGGCACAAAGAUCACGGUGUCCCCACCUCGGUGGCGUUCGUGCCCACCCAGCCGGCGCACCUGGUGGCCGGGUUCCGCUCCGGUGCCACCGUCCUCUACGACCUCGAGGCCACCAAGGCCACCCUGGUGUCCCCAAACGGCGGUGGCCGUGCCCAGGUGAACCAGGUGGUCACUCACCCCUCGCAGCCGCUGACCGUCACGGCCAGCGAUGACCGCGCCAUUCGCUACCUGGACAACCGCACAGGUAAGGUGGUGCACUCGAUGGUCGCUCACCUGGACGCCGUCACCUGCCUGGCCCUGGACCCCAGCGGCGCCUUCCUGCUGUCCGGCAGUCACGACUGCUCCCUGCGGCUGUGGCACCUGUGCCAGCGCACCUGUGUGCAGGAGCUGCCCGCUCACCGCCGCAAGCACGACGAGGCCGUGCUGGCCGUGGCCUUCCACCCCCGGCGCGCCCUCAGCGCCAGCGCCGGCGCCGACGCCCUGGCCAAGGUGUUCGUCUGACACCUGGGCACACCUGGGCACACCUGGGGACCACACCUGGGCACACGUGGAGACACCUGGGGACAGCGCCAGGACGGGUCAGGACG